AAAUUUAAGGACUGAUUCGAUAUCUGACGUCAGAUCAAUCUAUAUCCCUUAAGUGGUAAAUUGGUUUACCUUCUUUUUGACAAUGCCGUCCCCAAUUGCCACGAUUUUAUUUUGUUCAUUAUUAUGGCUAAGUGUUUCUGAAACACACACACUCUUUCUGGGUAGAAACAACACAGAUGUUCGUAUCAUUGGAGGCAAUGUUGCAUUUGCGGGCCAAUUCCCUUACAUGGCAGCAAUUUAUAAGCAUACCAGCAGUGGCAACUUUUUUUGCGGAGGUGCCCUUAUGAGUAAUCAAUGGAUAUUGACAGCAGGAUCAUGCGUCGAAGGUGCCCAACUGUUUACGAUUUAUUUGGGAACAGCAAACUUAAAAGAUGUCAAUAACCCCAACAGCCUUAAACUAGCCACAGAUGAAUACGUUUUGCAUCCAGAUUACAACCCAGACACUUUUGAAAACGACGUAGGUCUCAUAAAAUUAAGAAUGCCGAUAACUUUUAGCGUGUACAUACGGCCGUUCAAUUAUUUACCAACCUUUGACCUUUUGCCUGGCACACCUGGCGUGGUGGCCAUGGGUUGGGGCCAAACGAGUGAUGAUGAUCCUGGUCUUGUCGACGACCUACGAUUUGUAUAUUUGACACCUUUAUCAAAUGAUGAGUGUAAAUUAGUUUACGGGAAUCAAAUCAAAGACGAGAUGGUUUGCGCUGCUGGCAAUAAUAACGAAGGAUUUUGCUUGGGCGAUAGUGGGACACCCUUGAUUCGAAUCAGACAAGGCCCGACUGCAACCCAUGUCGGAAUUGCAAGUUUUCAGAGCAAGAACGGAUGCGAGAGCACCGAUCCUUCGGGAUACACGAGGACUUUGGAAUACGCUGACUGGAUAAGGAACGUGACGGGAGUUGACAAGUAAACCCAAAUAAAAAUAUAACCGAA